GUAAUAUAGUCCGCCGUGUAGUGCAGUUAUGAGCACCGUGCUACCUUUUCCUGUGCGUGCGUGUGACAAGGAGCGCGGAUCCGCUCGCGACGUAACACGCCCAGGAGCCGUCAACGUGUUUACCUGAACGGUGAGAAGACAACGGAUCGAGCCAAUGUCCUCUUUUACCGUUCAUCGCACUCCUCGCGUGUCCAGAGCAGUGAUUGCACAGACGCUGGAAGGGAAUCGGUGUGUGAAACGCGAUCUGCCCGACAGGAGCGCGAGACAGGCGCCCAGCACACUCCACAGCAAAUGGCAACUUGUGCAGUGAGGAGUUUAAGCAGUGUGCCGGAGGCGACCUCAGAUUCAGAUGAUGAAGACAAACUGCACAUUGUGGAGGAGGAUAAUAUCGCUGACGAUCCCGACCAAAAGUCCUCAGUAUUCCAGCUCAAAGCAGCGCGGCAGCUCUCUGACGCAUGCACACAGGAUGAUGGCAGCCUGGGGCCAGAUGCUUUAAUACAAGAAAUAAGGGUCAAAGAGGAGUGUGUCACUGAUGAGGAGGACUGUACUGAUAAUGAAGUGGCCAGUGAGGAAAAGCAGACGGAAACGGAGCACGUUGACUCAGACACCCAGGAGGAGCAUCAGAGAACGCCAGAACGAGGGGUCCACGAUGAGAACGGUACACCUGAUGCAUUCUCCCAACUGCACACCUGUCCUCACUGUUCCCGCGGUUACAAGCGGCAUACGUCGCUGAAGGAGCACAUUAAACUACGGCAUGAAAAGGGCGAUGACAACUACUGCUGUUCCCUCUGUAGCUACACCUUCACUUACCGAACGCAGCUCGUCCGUCACAUGACCGCACACAGACACGUCCGAGAGCAGCGGACUAUUUCUCAGUCGGGCGGAAACAGAAAGUUUAAGUGUACAGAAUGCUCCAAGGCCUUCAAAUACAAACAUCACCUGAAGGAGCACUUGCGCAUUCACAGCGGCGAGAAGCCAUAUGAAUGCUCUAAUUGUCGGAAGCGUUUCUCUCACUCUGGGUCCUACAGCUCUCACAUCAGCAGUAAGAAGUGUGCGAGCGUGACCAAAGCGGUCAACGGCCUUCCUCGCGCACCUGGAGUGAAAACAUCUCUUACCAUUUCUCGCCCUACACAAAUCCUUUUGAGGGAGAAGGUGGAAGUCACCAACAAGCCUCUGCAAGAGCAGCUCCCCCUGAAACAGAUCAAACAGGAGCCUGUUGAACACCAACCCAAACCUUCGCCAGCAACACCUACAAUAGCCCCCACAAAUGCCAACGGGGUCGUGGCUCCGCAAGGCGUCAUCCAAACCUUGGUCCUGCCCACUGUCGGGCUGGUCCAGCCAAUCAGCAUCAACCUUAGUGACUUACAGAAUGCGCUGAACGCUGCGAUGGACAGGCAGGCGUUGACUAGUGGUAAUGCAAACGGAACAAACGCUAAAAUCAUAGGCCAAUCGCAGACCCAAGCUGUCGUGUUGCAGCCACAGCAGGGACAGCCCCAAGUGAUCUCCGCCAUCUCUCUACCGGUUGUGGGACAAGACGGAAAUACCAAAAUUAUCAUCAACUACAACCCCCAGCUAGACCCACAACUCAAGGGAGUAAAAGUGAACACAAUGCAGCCCACAGUGACCCAAACCGGUGUGGCGCAAGAAAAAUCUACAGCAUCUAACAUCGCACAGCCAAAUGUGAUCCAGCUAAAUUCAGUGCAGUCCAACUUGACCGAAACCCAAACAUCAGGUACACCUAAACCUACACAGGUAAACAUAAUCAAACCAAUCCAAAGCAAACCGCCAUCUAUCAUCAAGAUAACGCCAGCGCAGGCCGCCAGGUUGGUCCAAGCUCGGGCGGCACAACCUAAGCUCACCCAGCAAACUUUACUACUAGUGAGGAGGGCAGAUGGGUCGCAGAGCCUUGUGGUUCGACAAAUACCUGUCGCCAAUCCCAACACGCAGGGCACAGAGGUGAAAUCAACCCCAGACAAAACUACAAACACACCAGCAGCAGAAAGAAAAGAGACAACUGAAAAUCCCAGUUCGCUGGAGGAUAAUUGUGAACCUCAAAACCUGACUGCACCACCAGAAAUCAAAAUCAAAACCGAACCGGGCUCUCCGUCCAACAUCGAAACCGAUAUGCAGAGUGAAGGAGAGGAAGAAGAGACGCAGACAGACGGGAAUAAUGGGGAAGGGAAACAAACGACUGAUGCGGUCUCCCACUCUGGAACGGUUCACAGUGGCGUCGCCUGCGGAGAUAACUUCCAUAACUAUGCGACAUGUCUGGUUUGUGACAGCUCCCAGAGUAAACGGAAGCUCACAGACUCGCAAGACAGUGACGACAAAGCUACAACUAUCUCUCUCAACUCUCUGCUGGAUAAGGAUAAGAGUGGAGCAGCAGAACGCCUCCUCCCUCUUCUGAAGGCCUACAGUCAGAACCCAGAGCCUACUGACGGGCAGCUGGCACAGGUGGCCAAGACUGUCAAGUUACCUCUAGAGGCGGUCAGCAAGUGGUACCAGAAGAUGCGCUCGAAAAAGAUAUUGCUCCAGGGUGCAAGCAACCCGAAAAACAACAAAGAAAAAAAAACACCGUCUGCUGUGUCUCAAGAAACAAACUCAACUCAAGCCACCUGCACGCCCACUCAACCCGAUGAUGACACCUCAGAGGACACCCAAAAUGAAAGUGUCGCUUCACCCGCCUCCCCUGCAGCCAGUCUCUCCACCGAUGAUCUCGUCAUUGUAAAGACAGAAGACAUAGAGGAGGAUCUGCAGUCUGAACCGCUCGACCUCUCACUCCCCAAAUCCAGCCCAACUCAACCCAGCACCACCACUAAGCUGCCGGUCUCCACUCAAAAGGAGCCGCUCAACCUCACCUGCCUCAAGAAGCAACCGAUGCCAGGAAACACCAUAUAUGUGACACAAGGCACCACAGGUCACUUGAACAUCAUGACAGCAUCAUUGCCAACACUGGUUGCCAUAGCAGAGCCAGGGGGUGUUCAGUGCAUCGGCACUGCAAUAUCCGGUAACAAGAGAACCAUCCUGAUCCCUCAGCUCACCUACACCUACACCACCAACUCCAGCAUCAAGACCCCUGACAGUGUCUCGACAGACAAGAAGGGGACGGUGAUACUCAACAACUGUCCGCAGGUCCCGGACAUCGCUUCUGACUGCGUGUCAGGGGUAGAGGACCAGAACGAUGAAGAUUCACCUCUCAUGAAGAAGAGGAGGAAGACUGUCGGGGGCCUUUACGCCUGUGAUCUGUGUGACAAAAUCUUUCAGAAGAGUAGCUCACUGCUGCGACACAAGUAUGAACACACAGGUAAGCGACCUCACGAGUGCGCCAUCUGUAAUAAGGCGUUCAAACACAAGCACCACCUGAUCGAGCACACGCGACUACACUCCGGAGAGAAGCCCUACCAGUGUGACAAGUGUGGCAAACGCUUCUCUCACUCGGGCUCUUAUUCUCAGCACAUGAACCACCGAUACUCUUACUGCAAGAGGGACACUCAUGAACUGCCAGAACAGAUCAGCACCUCCACUCCUCCCUCUCACCACGACUCGGACGAGAGAGAGAGCGACGCAGAGGACGAAGAGGAAGAGGAGGAGGAAGAGGAUUUAUCCGCUCUGGACAUGAGCGAUAUCAGAGUGGUGCAAGUAGGAGAGGAAUACGAGGAUGAGGAGGAGAGCGGGGAAGAGGAAGAGCAGGACAGAGGACAUGAGGAGGAAGAGACAGAAGAAGGAGGAAUGGUUAUGGAAGUGGAGAUUGGAGACACUGACACUCUGGAGGAGGAAGUCGGGGAAACCGUGGAAACGGAGGAUGCUAUGGAGACGGAGGAAUCGAGGGAGGUUUCAGGCAGUGCAGAGGACACAGUUCUCACUCAAAAUGAAGGAAACACAGAGACGGCAGCCGAGGACUGAAGAACGAACGCUCCUCUUUCUGUCACUCACGUGGGACUAAUGAAAGAGGCGAUGAGCUCUUCAUCAAACUAAUCGUCGGUUGCUAUGGAAACCGUUUCAGCUCUUUACUGUGUAUAAAACCCAGGUGUGCCUGAUUUACAAAACAAUAUUUCCUUGUUUGAAAAAAAAAAUUGAGUAUAACGAGGAAAAAAAGGAGAACCAAAAACUCCAACUCAACUAGACUUCAUAUGACUUAAAGUUUCAGUUGUUUCGCUUUGUUCCGUUACUGAACCGACCUCGGUAUGUCAAAUUUUCAGUGUUCAUGUGUUUUUGUUGCUCUGUACAGUCAGAUUUCUAUACCUUUAUAUUUGCCAAUGAAGUUUACGAAAAAAAAAAAAAUCAGUAUUUUAAAGUUUUCAGAAACAAAACUAAAUUCUGCACUGCAGGUAUAACUGGUUUACUUACAGGGGUGAUACUCACAAAAGGGUCAUAUUUCACUCCAAAAAUCAAAAGAAAUUACAUUUUGCAUAAAGACAAUUAAGCCUAUUUUUAGGACCAUCACAGGCAUUAUUUUGAUGACAAUUUAACACGCCCCCUUUUCAAAAGUCUACAUCGUUUGUAAAGAACAAUUGUAAGUAUACGCUGAUUUUAAUUUAAGACAUACAUUUUAAUUCAUGAUGAUUUUAAUGUUUUAACAAAAAAGCAAAACUUAAAUAAUCAUGAAUAUUUUCUUCAUGCAAAAUCAUUUUCUUUCAACUCUUGAUUUUUGUUUUGGUGUGAAAUAUGACCUGGGCAUUUCUUUGUGAGAUUUACCAGAUACUUAAUGCCUCAAGUUUAAAAAACCAUUCAGUAUUUUUGUCUUGUUAAACAGGCAAUCUGUUGUUAGCAUUGCCUCGUUUUCCCAUGUGAUUGUUUGUCUGCCUUAUGAAGGAAAUUAGAUUGCACUUCGUUAUUAAGAAUUAAUGAUUCAAUAUCACACGGAUCAUUAAUUAUGGAAAUUUUCAUAGGAAUGCUUAUUGUCAUUUAACAAUUGAAUCACUUUGUUGAUAUAAUUUGAACUGCUCACUUCUAAUGAACUUCUCAAUAAUUCAAAUUAGAUUGUAAUUCUAUCGAGAGGUUUUGUUGUUGUUGUUGUAAUAAGCACUCCAAAAAGUUUGUCGGUAACUGUUUAAAAAAAAAAUUGUAUAGAUACUUUUUACAAUCAUGACACCAUAUGAAAACAAAAACCGUCAGCCAGAAAAAAGGGUUCGUAAUCUCAACCUCGAAGGCAGUUUCACCUGUUAUUUCAUUUAUCUUUGUUUGGCUUUAUGUUGUAGCGUGUCAGUCUGUGUUCAUAGGUGAUGCUCUAAGGAACCGCACACCCACAGCCUUAUGCAAGACCGCCAAGCUGUAAGUGCCAUUCACAGAUGUUAAAAUCCACAGUCACACUGGACAAUCUAACUUUAGUCACCAAUAUGUCAACAUUGGUCAAAAACCCAACAGAUUUGAGAAAUAUACAAAAAUAGAAAAGUAUGUAACACUGCCAUCUACCUGUGUUAAUCAAAAUGGCACACUUUCAAGCUGUUACAACAUUUCACCUUGCGCUCCUAAAAAAGUUGUUCUCUCUCGUAGCCAUAGGAUUGCAUUGAUAAGGAAAUUCAUAUUCUUCAUCUAGGUGUUCUCUCUGUCAAGAUUUCCAAGGUUCCCGGAUCUAUAGACUACACGAAAUCUAUCAUCCUAAAGCCAUACGACAAAUAUGGACCGUAUGUAAUAUGACUGUGAAGUGCACAAUUAAAGCAGCACUUUGGAAGAGGCGCAUAGGAUUAUUAUGUUUUAGUUGAUUAUGUCUGAGCAGACCUUACAGUAUUAUUAAUUUCAAUGUAUUUCAAAAUGUUUAUUCUUUGUGUUUAUGCAUGUGUAUAUUGUGUAAUACCAUCAGUAUUAUUGUCAUUGACAAAUGUUUUUUUUGUAGAACCUUUUUAUAUACGUCUUAUUUUUGUAUUGCUUUAUUUAUUGCGUGUGUAAUACACAAUGUUGUAGUUUAACACAAUGUAUUUUAGAUUGAAUUUCAGUGCCACGAAGGAGGUUAAACCAAGAAAUACAGUAUAUAAAUCCGAACUGAACAGUAUUAGUUUUAUAACUUCCAAGUUAUUUUUUAAUACUACCACAAAGUCAAUCAGGCAGACAUUUGCACCCAUUGUUUGUUUUGUUUUUUUGUUUUUAUUAAACGCUGAACCUUUUCCAACAGCUUCAUGGUAAUUAAUAGUAAAUGACCCUUAAACCUGUGAUGAAGAGCAUGGAUUCAUGUUGUUGUACUGGUGUUGAAAUUGCCAUUUUGGAACCAAAAUUAGUCAACCCAUUUCAUUUACAUUUAUUUUAAUGUGUGCCAACUUUGCAUUGUGUGUGUAAAUGUCACAUAUUCCACGAGGUGAUGAUGAACCUACUUGUAAGAUUUUUCUUCCUUUGUUUCCUUUUAUGAUGCCCCAUAAAAUAAAAUGAAGUGAAGCACCA